GGCCAUUCAUGCUUGCUUAAUAUUAAAUCUCAUCGUUGGAGAAACCUAACGCAAAAAUUACUUGGUUCCAGUCCAAGCCUGCCAUGGCUGACAAAGAGCCAGAAGUCCAAGACGACCUUGCCGAGUCGCUCAACGAUCUCUUUACCAGCCUCUCUUCAAUGGUCAAAUCAGAACUCCAGGGGACUAACAAUGUUUUGGAGCUAUUGGAGAAGAUGAAUCUGAGAGUGGCUCAAGAGUACAAAGGAUUUGGGGAUGUGGCAUCUGGGUUAAGGGUAUUUGUUGAACAGUUGAAAAACAAGAGUGGGAACUUUGAUGAAUAUGUUCAACAGAUUGAUGCAAUAGAACAGCAAGUGACUGAGUUCGAAGCUGUGAUUUCAGUUCUUGAUAGAUAUGUUUCUUUGUUGGAAUCUAAAGUUCAAUCUGUUUACCAACAUCCACCUCCAUAAAUAGAUUUUUUUUUUCCUUUUCCUUUUUAAGAUUAAAACCAAUUGUUGGUUGAAUGUAAAAUGUCUGCUUUUCUUGUCUUCUGGUUUUUAUUUCUUUGUUCUAUGAACUUCUAAGCAUUUAAAGUGUAGGCCAAAAUCUGUAUGCCUUUUUAUCAUUAUAUAAGUAGUCUGGUUUCAAGUUGUUCAAGGUCCA